CAAAAUUUCUUUUGCUCUCGUCUCGUAUAAUUUUUAUGUUCUCUAUUCUCGGGCUGCUGAAAAACGCAUGCGCUGGCAGCAACAACAACGACAACAAAAGCUCGAAAAGUGUAUUUCAUUCAAUAGGAAAACCUCAGACGACGGUGGUGGAAAAACCAGGCAAGGCGAACGCAAAACGGAAGCGACGAGCACUGCGCAAACUGCGCAAACCACGAGCCAGCAAACAAACAAAAAAAAAAAAGGAAGAAAAAAAGCAACGACAACAACGACAACAACGACAACAAGAACAAGGGUGAAAGGGUGUGCAUGUUUUGUUGUUGGGCCAAAACUCACCACCGGGGCGCGAAAAGAGGGUGGAGUUGCCCUCAGUGAGUGAGCGCGUGUGCUUGUGCCUGUCAUUGUGUUUGUGUGUGCUUGUGUAUGUGCGCGCAGCCGCCAGCCCCCGUGAAUUUGCUUGGUGAAAUUUUGCUGGCGGCCCGGUUUUGCGGCCCAGCAGUUGCCCAGUCGCCCAGUUGCCUGUCGCCAGUCGCUAGUCGCAUUUCGAGCUGUGCUGCUCAAGCGCCUGCCGCCACACCACACACAAAAAGUUAAGAGCAACUAGCAACAAAACAGCAACACCAACACCAAUAGCAACACCAACAGCAAUAACAACAACAACAAAUACGCGUCUUCUACAACAUUCCCACGAUAUCCCCUCCCGCAGCCGGAAACUGGGCAGGGCGCUGUUUUUCAAAAUUCUUAAACGUGUGUCGCGUGUGAAAUUUGUGUGUGUGUCUCUUGUUUUGAGAAAGAAUAAGUUAAGAAAAAAAAAGCAGCUGUAAGAAACAAGUGAAUUCUUCUGCAUUACCAUCAACCACCAGCACCACCACCACCACCACCACCACAAACAGCAACAACAACAACAACACCAGCACAGCCAAUUCAUCAACCAACUCAGUUCAGUUCAGUUCAGCUCAGCUCAGCGCCAGGCAGCAUCCAGCGACGAUUCCAACCUCACUUUUGUGCCGCAGAACUUAGCAGCUCUUCAGCUUUUGUCGCCUCUUCCACAUAAGCACAAGAAACACACAUCCAUAAGGACAACUAGUAGGAUACACAUGCGGACAGGACUCUUCCUGUUUGGCUCCAUCUACGGGAACCUACUUUCCAAUUGCUAAGCAACUAAAGUCGACAGCAACACGAAAAUGGAAGAAUGCUUAACGGCGGCAGCAGCACGAACAUUUUCAGCGAAAUUCUGUGAAAUUUGAAUUGCAUAUAUAAAUAUAUAUAUGUUAACCAGUACAAUAAUUAGCUAAAGGAGCCAAUUAGCUGCGUUGUGUUCCAAGUAAACAACAGAAAACUUCCCUCAAAAAAUAUAAAAAAAAACUUACACAGAAAAAGGCAAAUAGCGAAAAGCGAAGCGAAACUUGAACAAUAAAAACACAUUAAUUUUAGCUGAAGAACAAAUUGAAAAGCGCACAUUGCAAAUGAAUUGAACUGCUUCCUAACUUAUAAUAUAUAUUAACAAAAAGAAACAAACAAUAACAAGAACCACACGUAACGGCAGCAGCAGCAGCAACAACAACGCAACGAACAUGUCACACGCCGUCGCCAACAAAACAGAAACGGAAAACUGCAUCAGCAGCAGCAGCAGCAACAACAACAGCAAUAGCCUCAAACAGACGCCACAGCCCGCACAGCAGCAACCGCACAGCAGCAGCAGCAGCAGCAACAGCAACAGCAACAGCAAUAGCAGCAACUGCCUCAAGAAUAGCAACAACAACAGCGAUGCAGCGUUCUCAUUGCUGAACGGCACCCACUCGUCGCAUCAGCCGCGCAGCAAUGGACUCACUGCUGCGGCGCACGCAGCUGUCAGCUAUGCGAGCGCCGGCAGUGGAAGUGGUGCGGGCAGUGCCGGCAGCGGAAGUGGUGCGGCCGCAGUUGGCCACAAUGCGGCGCUGCUCGGCGGCGCGCCGGCCACAGCGUUGCCCAGCAAUGGCGGCCUGCAGUCACCGUACGAGAGCUACAGAGUCGAUGAUACCAGUUAUGUGCCCAUCGGACAGUUCUAUGCUGGACGGAGUGUAUUCAUUACGGGCGGGACCGGUUUUAUGGGCAAGGUGCUCGUUGAGAAACUGUUACGUUCAUGUCCGGACAUAAGAAACAUAUAUCUGCUGAUACGACCGAAACGCGGCCAGGAAGUUUCGGCGCGCCUCACGGAACUCCUAAAUGCGCCGCUUUUCGAAUCACUGCGUCGCGAGAAGCCGAAGGAAUUAAGCAAAGUCAUACCCAUAUCCGGCGAUAUAACAUCCGAGGAGCUGGGCAUCUCAGAGAGCGACCAGACCCUACUUUGUCGCAACGUUUCCGUUGUAUUUCAUUCAGCUGCCACUGUGAAAUUCGAUGAGAAGCUCAAAUUGUCAGUCACAAUCAAUAUGCUGGGCACUAAACGUUUGGUCGAACUCUGUCAUCGCAUGAUGUCCCUAGACGCACUUAUUCAUGUAUCCACUGCCUAUUGCAAUUGCGAUAGAACCGACGUAUCAGAGGUUAUAUAUGCACCACCCUAUAAUCCCGAUGAUAUCAUCUCAUUAAUCAACUGGCUUCCGGAGGAUAUACUUGAUCAGCUGACACCGCGCCUCAUUGGCAAGCGCCCAAAUACGUAUACAUUUACAAAAGCCUUAGCGGAGCAUAUGUUACUUAAAGAGGCUGGAAAUCUGCCCGUUGCCAUUGUGAGGCCCUCAAUCGUGACUGCCAGCCUGAAUGAACCCUUUGCCGGUUGGGUGGAUAACUUCAAUGGGCCAACGGGUCUAGUCUCGGCGCUGGCCAAGGGCCUCUUCCGCACAAUGAUGUGCGAAAAGAACUAUGUGGCCGAUAUGGUACCUGUUGAUAUUGUGAUUAAUUUAAUGAUUGCCGCUGCCUGGCGCACAGCGACGCGUAAAUCCAAUAAUUUACUCAUAUACAAUUGUUGUACCGGUCAACGUAAUCCCAUCAUAUGGUCUGAGUUUGUCAAAUAUGCCAUGUCCAGUGUGCGCAAACAUCCCUUGGAGGGUUGUCUGUGGUAUCCAACUGGUGACCUGCGCAUGAAUCGUCCCAUGAACACGCUGAAUUGUAUAUUAAAACAUUUUCUACCAGCCCACAUACUGGAUGCAGUGGCGCGCAUAAUGGGCAAGAAGCCAUUUGUUGUCAACGUACAAAACAAAAUUGCCAAAGCUGUAGAAUGCUUAGAAUAUUUUGCCACGCGUCAAUGGCGUUUUAAGGACGAUAAUGUGAAUGGUCUGCUGCAUACGCUCAGUCCCAAGGAUCGUGAGAUUUUUGUCUUUGAUGUGCGCAACAUUAACUGGGAUAAAUACGUGGAGCGUUAUGUAUUGGGCUUCAGGGAAUUUUUGUUCAAACAGCGGCCCGAAUCGCUGCCCGCCAGCAGAAAGCGUAUGGUCAGAUUGUACUAUCUGCAUCAGCUAAUAAAAGUGGUCGCCGUGCUGCUCAUCUGGCGCUUUCUGAUGUCACGUUCGAAGCGAUUGAACGAUUUGUGGAGCGCAUUUCUGGAAAACGUGCUUAAAAUCGCGCGUUUAAUACCAUUUUUGUAAUAAUCCGGCACUACUGAUGGCCGGAGACAACAACAACAACAACAACAACAACAGCAUAAAUCUUGUCUGGUGAUGUUCUUCUUUGCAAUUUCUAAAUGCCUUAAACAUGGCGUACAUUUUAGAGGUUUUUAGCAAAUAAUUAUAAUCAUAUUUUUAUAUAUGUUAAACGAGUAAACGAAAACCAACCACAAACAAUGCAUCGGGUUAAUAAAAUGGCAUUUGCGCGCAACCAAAAAAACAACAAAAAA